ACUCGGCUCGGGGCGGCGAGGAGCCGCGGCGGGCUGCGCGCCCGGCGCCCGGCGCCCAUGGCCCUGAGCAAGGGGCUGCGGCUGCUGGCGCGGCUGGAGCCCGCGGGCGGGAGCAGCGUCCUGCUGGAGGCGCGCGGCCGCGGCGACGCGCUGCUCUUCGAGGCGGGCACGGUGGCCGCGCUGGCUCCGGAAGAGAAGGAAGUCAUCAGAGGGCAGUAUGGCAAGCUCACCGACGCGUACGGCUGCCUAGGGGAGCUCAGGUUGGACUCAGGUGGCACCGCCCUGAGCUUCCUGGUGAUGGUGACGGGCUGCACGUCCGUGGGCAGAAUCCCAGAUGCAGAAAUCUACAAGAUCACGGCCACCGAGUUCUACCCUCUGCAGGAAGAAGCCAGGGAGGAGGACCGCCUGCUCGCCUUGAGGAAAAUCCUCAGCUCGGGCGUGUUUUAUUUCUCCUGGCCCAACGACAGCUCCGGCUUUGACCUGACCGUCCGGGCGCAGAAGCAGGGCGAUGACAGCUCCGACUGGGGGACCUCCUUCUUCUGGAACCAGCUGCUGCACGUGCCCCUGAGGCAGCACCAGGUGAACGGCGGCGACUGGCUGCUGAAGGCCAUCUGCGGGGUGGUGGCCAUCCGCACGGUGUACGCCUCGCACAAGCAGGCCAAGGUCUGCCUCAUCUCCCGCAUCAGCUGCGAGCGCGCCGGUGCCCGCUUCUACACCCGCGGCGUGAACGACGAUGGCCACGUGUCCAACUUCGUGGAGACGGAGCAGACAAUCUACAUGGAUGAUGGCGUGUCAUCUUUUGUCCAGAUCAGAGGCUCCGUUCCGCUGUUUUGGGAACAGCCAGGGCUUCAGGUUGGCUCCCAUCAUCUGAGGCUCCAGAGAGGCCUGGAGGCCAACGCCCCUGCUUUCGACAGGCACAUGGUUCUUCUGAAGGAGCAGUACGGGAAGCAGGUGGUGGUGAACUUGCUGGGCAACCGAGGUGGAGAGGAGGUUCUCAACAGAGCAUUCAAGAAGUUGCUCUGGGCUUCUUGCCACGCCGGCGACACGCCUAUGAUCAAUUUUGACUUCCAUCAGUUUGCCAAAGGUGGGAAGCUAGAGAAAUUGGAGAACCUGCUGAGGCCUCAGUUAAAGCUACACUGGGAUGACUUUGACGUGUUCGCCAAGGGCGAGAAUGUAAGUCCACGUUUCCAGAAAGGCACUUUGCGGAUGAACUGUCUUGACUGCCUGAACCGAACCAACGCUGUUCAGAGCUUCAUCGCGCUCGAGGUCCUUCACCUGCAGCUCGAGAGCCUGGGGCUGAAUUCAAAACCCAUCGUUGACCGCUUUGUGGAGUCCUUCAAAGCCAUGUGGUCUCUGAACGGGCAUAGCCUGAGCAAGGUGUUCACGGGCAGCCGAGCCCUGGAAGGGAAGGCCAAGGUGGGGAAGCUGAAGGAUGGGGCCCGGUCCAUGUCUCGUACCAUCCAGUCCAACUUCUUUGACGGGGUGAAGCAGGAGGCCAUCAAGCUGCUCCUCGUGGGCGACGUCCACAAUGAGGAAUCAACAGACAAAGGAAGGAUGCUUCUGGACAACACGGCCCUUCUGGUGACUCCCAGGAUCCUGAAAGCCAUGACGGAGCGCCAGUCAGAAUUCACAAAUUUCAAGCGGGUUCGCAUCGCCGUGGGGACCUGGAACGUGAACGGAGGGAAGCAGUUCCGGAGCAACCUCCUGGGCACGGCGGAGCUCGCGGACUGGCUGUUGGACGCUCCCCAGCUCCUGGGCGCCGUGGACUCUCAGGGUGACAGCACCCCGGCUGAUGUAUUUGCUGUGGGGUUUGAAGAGAUGGUCGAGCUGAGCGCCGGGAAUAUCGUCAAUGCCAGUACCACCAACAGAAAGAUGUGGGGUGAGCAGCUUCAGAAAGCCAUCUCACGCUCUCAGAGGUACAUUCUCUUGACUUCGGCACAGCUGGUGGGCGUCUGUCUUUAUAUCUUUGUGCGUCCAUACCAUGUCCCGUUCAUCAGGGACGUGGCCAUUGACACGGUGAAGACCGGCAUGGGGGGCAAGGCCGGAAACAAGGGUGCCGUGGGCAUCCGCUUCCAGUUCCACAGCACCAGCUUCUGCUUCAUCUGCAGCCACCUGACGGCUGGGCAGUCGCAGGUGAAGGAGAGGAAUGAGGACUACCGGGAGAUCACGCACAAGCUCUCCUUCCCCGCGGGGAGAAACAUUUUUUCUCACGAUUACGUGUUUUGGUGUGGCGAUUUCAACUACCGCAUAGAUCUUACUUACGAAGAAGUCUUCUAUUUUGUUAAACGCCAAGACUGGAAGAAACUUCUGGAAUUUGAUCAGUUGCAUCUACAGAAAUCAAGUGGAAAAAUUUUUAAAGACUUCCAUGAAGGAGCCAUUAAUUUUGCUCCCACCUACAAGUAUGACGUGGGCUCUGCCGCCUAUGACACAAGCGACAAGUGCCGCACCCCAGCCUGGACAGACCGGGUGCUGUGGUGGAGGAAGCAGCGCCCCUUGGAUAAAACGGCUGGAGAAUUCAACCUUGUAGACAACGAUCUAGACGGCAGCACCAAAGUCAGGCACACCUGGUCUCCGGGCACGCUCAGGUACUACGGCCGCUCGGAGCUGCAGGCGUCUGACCACAGACCCGUGCUGGCCAUCGUGGAGGUGGAAGUGCAGGAAGUCGACGUGGGUGCCCGGGAGAGGGUUUUCCAGGAAGUGUCCUCUUUCCAGGGUCCCCUGGAUGCCACUGUAGUUGUAAAUCUCCAGUCGCCAACCCUAGAAGAGAAGCACGAGUUUCCCGAGGACCUGCGUGCCGAGCUCAUGCAGACCCUGGGCAGUUACGGGACGAUCGUUCUGGUCAGAAUCAACCAGGGGCAGAUGCUGGUGACCUUCGCCGACAGUCACUCGGCGCUCAGCGUCCUGGACGUGGAUGGGAUGAAGGUGAAAGGCAGAGCCGUGAAGAUUCGGCCGAAAACCAAGGACUGGCUGAAAGGCUUGCGGGAGGAGCUCGCUCGGAAGCGGGACAGCAUGGCCUCCGUGUCCCCCACCGCCAACUCGUGCCUGCUGGAGGAGAGCUUCGACUUCACCAGUCUGGACUACGAGUUGGAAGGGGAUGUCCUGGAGGAUGACGAAGACUAUUUGGUGGAUGAGCUCCGGCAGGCCGUGGCCUCUGACAGCGAGCUGGGGGGCGACGAGCCCCUCGAUAACCAUGGCUCUGUGGCGCCUGUCAGCAAGUCGCCUGCCCUGAGGAAGAAGAAGUCACAUCCUACGUACAAAGACGACGCUGACGUGGCGGAGCUCACGCAGGAGCCCUCGGAAGCCGUGGGGGACCUCUGCCACCGUUCUACAAGCAGGUCUCUGUCGGUCCCCAGUAGGCCCCGGCCACCUCACCCACCGCAGAGACCCCCCCCUCCAACUGGCUUAAUGGUGAAGAAGUCAGCUUCCGACGCAUCCAUCUCCUCCGGCACCCAUGGGCAGUACUCCAUCCUGCAGACCGCCAAACUCCUGCCCGGAGCACCUCAGCAGCCACCCAAGGCCAGGACUGGAAUCAGCAAGCCCUACAACGUCAAGCAGAUCAAAACCAGCAACGCGCGCGAGGCCGAGGCCGCCAUCCGCUGCCUCCUGGGGGCCCGCGGAGGUACCACGGAAAUGUCUAAUUCAUCCCUCCCCGCCAUGGCCCCGCGGGACCCCGGAGCCUCCACACCGGACGUCCCCCCCGCCAGCACCAAGCCGGAGGCCUCCCAGGGCCUCCUGAUCCUGCCCCGCCGGCCCGCACCCAAGGCCCCCGUCCUCAAGAAGCCCGCCUUGAGGAGGACCGGGAAGCUCCUGUCACCCGAAGAGCAGUGCGAGCUGCCCGUCCAGUUCACAGUCGGCCCCCCAGACGCGAGCCUCGAACCCCCUCCUCCACCCGUAGCCCCGCGCGUCCCUCCCGUCCCCAAACCCAGAACAUUGCAGCCUGGGAAAGGCGUGGAGAGGAGGCCGAGCAGCGCAGCGCCCGAGCCGCCCGCCGCCGCGCCCAGGGCGCCCCCGCGGAGGAAGAAGUCGGCGCCCGCCGCCUUCCACCUGCAGGUCCUGCAGAGCCACGGCCAGCGGACGCGGGGGCCCCAGCCCGACGCCCGCCCCCUGCGCGCACACGGGGGCCCCCCUGCCCCGCCGGCCGCCGCCGGCCCCGGAGAGCCAAAGCCCGCCGCCGCUUCUCUUCUCGAUGGGUAUCAGGAUCCCUUCUGGAACCUUCUCCAUCACCCUCCACUAUUGAACAGUGAGUGGCUUUCCCAGAGCUCCGACCCUCUGCUCUCAGAAGCCAGCAGCCCCGGGACUCCGCACAGCAGCGGUGCCUCCGGGGCCGAGGGGGGUCUGGCGCUAGACCUGCAGGAGAACUUCCACCACUGGGUGACCGUGAGCAGCGAGGACGACAGGGCGACUCUGCGGGUGUUCGACCCCCUGGCAAAAACAUGACGCGGCACCCAGGAGGCGCACUGGCACCCCGAACCUCCAUCGCUGCGCACAGCAGACCCAGGCCUGAGACACGCCUGCCUGCCACGCGGAAAACCCCACGCGCGCAGCGUCGCUCGUUCCGUAACGCCGCCACUCAGCCACCAGAAGUGUCUCACGCGAGACGGGAGGGGGAGCCGCCUCGUUCAAGGCCCGGGGUGCGGGUGAGGCGAGGAAACCUGGGUGAGGCCCCGGAAGUGCCGUCCCGUGGAACUUUACGGUUGUUCUCGGGUGCACCUGCUGGGCUCUUUUGAUGCUGGUGUGUUGUGCGUACGGGUUUGGGGUGACACUUUGGCGGCUCCCCUCAAGCUGGGGGCACCGGGGGUGCUAAUUACGGUAGUUGAGACCUUUAGGAGCUGUCCGGCCCACCGUAGACCAGGCUUAAACCAUCCGCGCCUGGAAGCUACCGCUAGGCCGCCCCAAGAGCAGCGGGAGGCCCGGGAGCCCCGCGCUUGUUCCUGUAGGCACCGCCCGCCACGGAUCAAACAACCCGACGUGGACGGGCUCUGCUCUUGUAAUUACCCCUGACCGCUACGCUGAAGUAGCUCUCUGCACAGCAUUUAUACAGUUAGGCAUCCUAAGCAAUGACUUCAAGCGUGCAGGGAGAUCUAUGCACAGAUAGCGGGCAAACGCCAUGCGGCCUUCUGUAAGGGACUUGUGUCUCUGUGGACCCCCCCAACCCCCGUCCCCGCACUGAGGAAUGCCUGGACAUUCAUAUGCACCCCAUCCCGCGUGCAACCCCUACGAGCUGGGGUGCACCACGAGCUGACAUUGGUUUAAACUCACGAGAGCUGUCCCUGCAUCGCGAUCCUGAGCUGUGGUGGGAGUCUACCUCACGAUAACCCAGUUAGUGUCCGCCAUUUUGUGCCCGCCCAGAACUCCACAGGCUCUGUUACAUUUUUAUGCCCCAUAAAGGGGAGGGAAGAAGGGAGGGAGAGGGAGGAUCACUGACCGCCUGCCAAGUGUAGGCGUCUUUCGCAUCCAGGGCUGCAGCGCGCUGCCCUCCCUCGCCUGGGGAGAAUCCUGAAGGGACUGUGACUGGAUCCUGUCACCCGGCGAGCCCGGCAGGCCUCUGGAUUUCCCCGCAGAGGCGGCCGGCAGGGGCUCCAGACGGUCAGUUUGCUCUCCGUGAUGCUCGCCUACUUGAAGGGAUUAUGUUGUUGCAGAGGUACAAAUUGUAGCUAAGGUUUAAGGGGAGGAAACAAAACAAGGAAGAUGGCUUGGAGCAGUAAGAUGAGUGGCCAAGACGUCCAUCAGCUGCAACAACGAAGAACGGAGCGCAUCUAUGUAUUCAAACGCUCUUUGCUCCACCCACGUUCCCGCUGAAGAGGCGGCGACGGAGGCAGGUGAUGCUGGAGGAAGCCAGGUCCACGGAAGUCGCGUGUGACGCCGGCAGCGGCCUCUGUGUUUUACAAAGCAGAUAGCAGGCGGCAAGCAGCGUGGGGAUCUGACACCCAGAGUGGUGUUCACCCGACGAGGCGUCUCACAAGAAAAGUGACAGAUGCGGUGGCUCACACCGGUCAUCCCAGCUACGCAGGAGGCUGAGAUCUGAGGA